CCGUUUUGAGUGCUGCGAACGCAGAGACUAGACUUUUGACCACCGCGUGAGUCCAACCCUUCACGGCGAGGGAACCAUGACGAAAACUAGCGAUCCCCUCCUGAAUCCCCCGGCGCCGGCGAGCAAUCGCGGCAACGGCGGCGUGCGCCGCGUCCCGUGGGCGUCCCUGAUCGGCUUCGUCGCCCUCGCCAUCAACUUCGCGCUCUGCAUCUACCGCGCGGAAGGGGAUCGCGGCGCGAUCGCGUUUGUCACCUUCGCCUAUCUCAACCUGCUGCUCCUCUUCUGGUGCAUCCGCCAGUUCGAUCAGGCGCCGCACGGAUCGGCGGCGAGGGGCCGGAUCAGGGCCGCCGUCUGGAUCCUCGCCACAUCGCUCACCGCCGUCUUUACAUGGAAGGUGGCGGCGCUGAUGCCGCUCCCCGUCGCCGCCGUGGCGUGGGUCAUGGCCGCGGCCACCGUGGUCGGUGGAUUCUACGGCUUCUUCAUCCAUGAGGACAAGUGAUCGAUCGAUCCAUGAUCGGAUGAUCAAAUCGCAAAAUCGGAAAAGAUUACUGCUCCAUUGGGUCUACUGCUUUUAUGGCUUCAGGUUGUAUAUCGGUCAGGUUAAUUAUGUGGUGGUUGAUAUCGACUCGAUCGCCGGAUGCACUGUGAGAGUGUUGCAUAUCAUAAAUAAAUGAAGUCUGGUGCUAUAUGCAUUACAACAUGAUUUGUUUGGUCUUACUUGUAUAUGUAUGUGUUGAUUUCACCUGGACAUUUCAAGGUCUAUCUCACAUUUUCUCCUCGAUUGCAUUACAGGGGGAAAAAGUGCAGGACAAGAACAUACGUCUAAUGUUUAUAUGGUUUCAGGUUGAGCCGGCCUC